UUCUUGUCCCCCCCAUUUCGUGACCGUAGUGGUGCCGUCCGGCAUUGCCGAAGAGCCUCCGCGGCCGCUACCACCUCCGUCUUUAGGGGGAGUGUUGUUUGUCGCCGUCUCACUUCCUUCCCUCCCCCAGCUAUUGUUGUGGUAGAGGCCUAGCUCGCUCGAGGGCGCCGCUCGAGUUCUUCCUCUUCCGCCGCCGCUGCCUCGGCCGUCCUGCCGCCUCCUCUGGGCCGGUGUAUGAGCGGUUUAUAACCGGGGAGCCGGCCAUGUCGACGCCCGCCCGGAGGCGCCUCAUGCGGGACUUCAAACGGCUCCAGGAAGACCCCCCGGCUGGCGUCAGCGGGGCCCCUUCGGAGAACAACAUCAUGGUGUGGAACGCUGUCAUCUUCGGGCCUGAGGGAACUCCAUUUGAAGAUGGAACUUUCAAGCUUACCAUAGAAUUCACAGAAGAAUAUCCAAACAAGCCACCUACUGUUAGAUUUGUCUCUAAAAUGUUUCAUCCAAAUGUCUAUGCAGAUGGUAGUAUAUGUCUGGAUAUUCUUCAGAAUCGUUGGAGUCCUACCUAUGAUGUAUCAUCCAUCUUAACAUCUAUACAGUCUUUACUAGAUGAGCCUAAUCCAAACAGUCCAGCAAACAGCCAGGCAGCUCAACUAUACCAAGAGAAUAAACGGGAAUAUGAAAAACGGGUUUCUGCAAUAGUAGAACAGAGUUGGCGUGACUGUUGACCCUGGAUGAUGCAAAUGAACACUCUGAGGAAAAUAUAUGUAUGAAGUGUCUGAGUCAUCCUCCUCCUAGCAUCACUGCAUUUACUUUGAAAACAAAAUAGCUGUUGUGCUGUUGCCACCCACCCUUGAUGAAGCUUCUUUCUCCUCGGACAUCAGAAAGCACCCCCUCCCAUUCCCUUUGAGGUCAAAUGUACUGUACUUGGGUUACUUGUAAAAGAAUUACUGAGGCUGAAUUCCACUUUCUGUGGUCUUUCCAUCUCCAGUCUUAAGGGCAGUAUUGUGCAUUUCUGUAGUGUACACGGAGCUUUUAAUUGUAAUUGUGUUAUACACAGUGAUGCUUAUGUGUAGCUUGGUUUAAAAAAGGGAUGUUUAUAUACAAUAUACAUUUUUAACUACGAUUUCAAUGCUGAUCUGUCCAGGCUGGUCAUUUAACUGCUGGUAUCAAUUUCACUACAUCUGUAAGUACCGUGCAAAGGACGAAGCUUUCCCUGCUCUUUUUCAUUCUUCUUACUUUUCUGUUCAGCAGUGUAGUGAAAAAUACCUUGAGCUUCAAAAUAUAUGGAGAGAAUUGGAGUGCAGAAAGGGAGGAGAAAGGGUUGUACUCUGCUUUCGGUAUUGUAUAUAGUCUUCAUCAGGGUAAUGUGGCAACACAUUGAAGGUUAAAAUGCGCUGCAUCCUUUCUGCAGGACUCCUUACACUAUCAAUUAGUUAAUGGCUGACAACCUUUGAGAGUGGAUACACUGGGGAAGGGAUGGAAUUCUGUUGCUUAGCUUAGCGGUAAACGAUAAAGGAAUCAGAUAGCUUAAAAAAAAUCAUUUUAUGACUUUAAUGUCUACUUCUGUUGUGGGAAAAGAUCACCAGAAGCCACUGAUUUAUGUUCUGUUGGAGAAAGUAAAAAAAUCACAAGUACUCCUAUUGCAUGCCUCCUUUUCUCUGCAUUCCCUCCCUCAGUUUUACAAAGUUGAUCCACCUUUACAGAAGCAUUUUUGUAAAGCUCAGUUUGUACAUUUUGGAUACCUUAAGCAGCAGUGUGGGAGGAGACUGAUCAGUGUGUUUUGUCUGCUCUUCCAGUGUCUUCUGUGUAUACAUUGAUCUGUUGAGUACAACUUUGCACAAGUAACCCAUGUAAGAAAAUGUACAUUUUUCAAUUACUUGUAAAUAAAAUGUGUAACCUUAA